ACAGGUGGAAUCUGGAGUCCAGAGCAAGUUGAAAAUGAGAUGAACUCCGAGGACCCCGGGGGUUGCCUCUUCUUGGGAAGCGGAGCUACGGUUUCUUUUUCACACCCUAAGGCCGGGGAACCAGGUCAUUUUUAAGUCAAUGGGGUGCUCUAGAUUUUAUGGAGCACUUAAUGUGAGGGGUCCAGCGACCCCAGUAUUGGUUAUGGCCGCUAGGUCGGAGAAAGAUUGGACCUUGCAGAGACAGGAUUUCCGUGCCCAGCUUAAAAGCAGUUGGUAGAACGAAUCUCCUUUCAAACCCUUGUUGUAUCUCUCUGAGGUCCCCGGCUGGAAGCUCUGCAGCCGCUGGGGACCUUUCGGUGGCCUAGGGAAGAGCUCGCAGAUCCGUGGGCGUGAAUGAAGCCAUAGGGUGCAGGAGAGGAGGCGAGGCCUGGCCCCAACCACUCUUCCUGUCCAGGAGCAGGGGCAAGGAUCCUCCACCCCGAGGUAACAGACCCUGUGCACCCUUCGCUUUCCUGCAGAGCAUGAGGCUGCCCAGAAGAGUUGAGGACGCGGCGGAGCUGCGCAAGAACCUAAAGCCGCUGCUGGAGAAGCGCCGGCGCGCGCGGAUCAACGAGAGCCUAAGCCAGCUGAAGGGUCUCGUAUUGCCGCUGCUGGGCGCGGAGACUUCCCGCUCUUCGAAGUUGGAGAAGGCAGACAUCCUGGAAAUGACUGUGCGCUUCCUACAGGAGCAGCCUGCGACCCUGUACUCCUCUGCAGCACCUGGGCCUUUGAAUAGCUACCUCGAGGGUUACCGAGCCUGUCUGGCGCGACUGGCCCGCGUACUGCCCGCCUGCAGCGUCCUGGAGCCCGCAGUGAGCGCGCGCCUACUAGAGCACCUGCGACAGAGGACUGUCAGUGAUGACUCGCCCUCACUGACGCUACCACCCGCUCCAGCUCCAGCUCCUUCUCCGCCGGUGCCUCCUCCAGGCAGUUCUGGCCUUUGGAGGCCAUGGUAGGUUCCUGGAUAUUUCACAGGCACCUGCUGCCGGCUGUCAGGGACCUGGAUGGGCUACCGGACCAAGGAAGUUCUCCAUGGCAACUGCAUCUUCUCACUCACUUUGAGAACAGUCUAGCUCCAACUGCCCUGUCAAGAAUCAGAUACUGUGACCUGGCUGGGUGAUGAAACCUUCAAGGAAGGGCUCGGCCAGAGGGUGAAAUGGGGCCAAAGGAAAAAGAGCAAAUAUGUGCAGGGUGAGGAGAAGCCCAGACUGGAAGAAGUGGUGCCUCGGCAGGGACACACCUGCCCUACAGUGGGCAGCAGACCAAAGUCUGGUCUUGAAGCUCACCUGGGCCUGGUGCCACACCUGCUAGGAUGGGUCACUGUGUUUCCAGCCACGCCUGGAUAUACUGCCAGCUCAGCUGGGCUUGUGACGUCUUUAUGAACAGAGCAGUGGCUUGGGGACUUUGACCGUGCCUCCUCAGAGCACUGAGCAGGGCAAAGGAACAGCAGGGCAGUCAAUCCUGUUCAACUCCUCCAAUCCUAGGCUUCCCUUCCCACUGAUCUGUAGAAGGGGGUGUGGACUCUCCCUUUUAAUUCUCUAAGUGUUAUUUCUCCCCCACCGCAGGUCUGGUGGUCUUGGGAUGUGAGGGGAGGGUGAGACAAGAGGGAGGCUUCCCUGUGGCUUUGGAGGAGCAGAGCACAGGCUCUGGAAUGGCAGGGACUCUGGAGAAGCAGAGGCAGGACCACCAUCAGCCUUGCCUGCUUUCUCUGGUAAACCCCUCUCUGAAUCCAGGCAGCUGGCCUAUCAGAAACUUGCUCAGAGGUUAUUUCUACCCCACGGAAGCCUGGAAGCCCAUCAAGACUCAGGGAAGGGCCUUCAGAUCCCAGGAGUGGGUGCUUCACAGAAAGUGGGAGGAUUUGUGAGCCAGGGUCACUCCAAGUCCAUGGGGAUUUGCAGCGCCUAGCCACAAAGCUGCUUCCAAGUCUGCACUGGGAACCAGGUCACUAAAGCCAGGAAGACAGACUGACCAGGGAAGGGACAGUCACUAUCUGCUUUGCUAUGCAUGUCUAUGAUGGAUCUGGGCACUGAUUUAGGUAGUAGGAGGUGAGGAAAUUGGAGGCAUUCAUAAGAAGAAAGACAAUAAAGAUGAAGAGGGAAGGGGGCUCCCGGCAGUGCUGGGCUGGGCCCGGUUGCCUAGACUGUAAACUCUUGGGAGGCGGGGCUGGGUAUAGUGCUCCUGUGUGUACCUCUGCGGUACUGGAUGCACAGUGGCUGUGCAACAAACAGGAUGGAUUAAAGGAGUCAUGUGACUGGCUCACACUGUAUCGGACCUUGGACAGCCUGGCCUUUGCUUAGAUCACCACUCCAAAUUCCUAGAGCAGAGGUUCUCAACCUUCCUAACGGGGCAACUCUUUAAUACAGUAACUCAUGUUGUAGUGACCUUCCCCCCACCCCCAGCCAUAAAAUUAUUUUGUUGCUACUUCACAACUAAAAAUUGCUGUGUUAUGAAUAAUGAUGUAAACAUCUGUGUUUUCUGAUGGCCUCGGAUGACCCUGUGGAAGAAUCAUACCCCCACUCCAAGGGGUCGCGACCCACAGGUUGAGAACCACUACCCUAGGCUCACCCACAUAUUUGUCCAACCAGGGUACAUAUGCAGUCUGUUUUGUUGUUCUUGGUGGAGCAAGAAGAGGCUGAGAAAUCGUUGGCCCUGGCCCAAACUCACCCAAGAGGCUCUGGGCUUCUCCUUGAAUAUAAAGGGACAUCCUCCUGUCUCCACACAUAAGAACUCUCAAUACUUGUUUACACAAUGAGUUUUCAGCCAUCUUUGCCUGAGGAUUGAGACCCUGCCUCAAAGAGGGAAAAAAAAAAUCUGGUCUGCCUGCUUCUGCGUCCUGAGUGCUGGGAUUAAAGGCGUGUGCCACCACCCGCAGCUUG